AUGGCGCGGGGGAAGAGCUUUGGUGUUGGACUUUGUCUCAUGGCAUGUCUUUGGAGGUUUGGAGCUUUAGGCUAUCUAUCCGUCUCAACGGCCAGAUCCUCCGUCGCCCGCCGGGCCGGAGACGAUUUCGACUUUGGCGACACGCCCUCGCCGGCGCCAAAGACUGCCAGCAAGACUAUGUCAAGUAGGAGGACCUACGAUGACGAUGACGAUGAGGACGACUAUGAUGAUGAGUUGCGCCGGGACGAACCGGUGGACUCUGGAAGUGUCGCCACCAUCGUGAGCUUCGCGCUACUUGCUGUGACGGCGAUCGGAUUUCUGGUCUUCCAGGUGAAUCAGCAAAAUGCGGCAUUCUCUGGGAGCAACGACUCCCCUCAGAUCAAAAAGGUUCAGGCCGUGUUUGACACGUACUAUGCAGAAGGUGAGACCGUGCAGUAG